AUGUCUCCUGUUAUCAUUAUUACAGGCGCUUCUCGUGGCAUCGGCAAAGCAGCAACCUUGCAAGCAUUGACAAAAUUUAACGCUCAAGUUGUUGCAGUUGCUCGAAGCAGUGACGCGUUAAAAGAACUUGCGGACGAGGUUUCAAAGGAACAUCGCGAUCGACUUGAACUUGUUGUAGGCGAUGUGACUAAAGAAGAAACAGCCAGGAAAGCAGUUGAACGCGCCAUUGAAAAGUUUGGUCACUUGGAUUCAGUCAUUGCAAAUGCUGGCGUCCUUGAGCCAAUAGCUACUGUUGCUGAAGGUUCUGUUGAAGAAUGGAAGAAAUUGUACGAUGUCAACGUGUUCUCUGUCAUUACACUUGCUCAAGCUGCUCUUCCUCAUAUCAGAAAGUCUCAAAAAGGUUCCAUCGUCAUUGUCUCGUCUGGUGCAGCCAUGAAGGGCUACAGAGGAUGGGGUGCUUAUGGAAGUUCAAAGGCUGCUGUCAAUCAUCUUGCAAGCACAUUGGCAGUGGAAGAAGAAGGCGUUACCACUAUCGCUCUCCGUCCAGGUGUAGUGGAUACGGAUAUGCAAACAACGAUUCGUACCUCUGGUGAGAAAGCUAUGGGACAAGAUCACGCUAAAUUUGUUCAACUUCACAGUCAAGGAAAUUUAAUUAAGCCAGAAACGCCUGGCUAUGUCUUGGCUGCAUUGGCUAAUGACCCUCCUAAAGAACUGUCUGGACGGUUUCAUAGUUGGGACGAUGAGCAAUUGAAACGUUUCCAGCCAUAA